AUAUACCGAUACGACCGACUUUUCGCCAAUGCUGUAUGCCCGCAAGGCGUACCUGCUCUCCCGCACCUGUCUCGAUUCAUAUUCGCCAUCGACAGUGGUUAUCGAAAGUCAACGGUACCGGUCAGGUGGGUUAGCGACUGUCCAAGAAUGGACUAUACGGGUAAACAUGUUCGAGAGCAUGCUGCAUGCCGUAUGGCGGACAUUGGCAGCAGAAAAGGCCUUUGAGGGAGAGGUGUGGAGUAGUAACUCGGGUCGGAUGACGGAUCUUUGGCUCCAGGGGAGAGAGAUACCUUUACCUAAAAGAAAGAAAAAGAAAGUAAUGAUGGUGGAGGAGCAAGAAGGAACAACUCAAGCUACAGCUGAAGGAGGAGAAGGCGCAUCCCUGACACCGGCAGCAAAGAAAAAGACAGGGCGUAGGAAAAAACAAGUGAAGGCGGCGGCAAGUAAAGAAGGGACUAUUCAAGCUACGACUGAAGAGGAAGAAGUGACCAAAAUCACUGCGUCAAUGUCGAAGCGGAUACGGAUCAGUCUCGUGAAAGAGUGGCUUCUCACGAGGGAGGUGAUAAAGGUCGGAGAAGGAGCAGCCGAAGUAGCUGAGCAUUUUAUGACCGCGACAGCUAGUGCGAAACAGGACGAUCUGGCUGACUCAAUGCUGCACGGGAUGGCAUGGAUCAAGUGGGAGCGCAACAGAUUGCGGUUAUUUGAACGCUUAGUGCAUGACGAGUUCGACCCUAAAGAGUUUCAAGUCUAAAGCAC